UUUCCGUGAGUCAGUUUGAAAACACUGAGACGUGUGGAUGAGAGACGAGCACCCUGACUGCUGCUGGGCUGAUUGAGGUCUAAACUCGGAUCCACUUCCUCGUACGGCACAUUUGACAGAAUGCAUCCCAUCAUUCUUCUCUUUGUCAUUUCUCUGCUUCACGCAUAUGAAGCCCGAGGCUCCGACACUGUGACUCCUGUAUUUGUGCAGAAGGGGAAGGAUCUGCUUCUCAACGUCACGGCUCCUGUUAAAAUAGUUGAACGGAGUGAUUUUAGAUGGAAAUUUAAUAAUUCAAACAUAUUUAGAUUAUUUGAUGAUAACAGAUCAAUAAUAAUUGGCCCCUAUGAUGGAAGGCUCAAGAUUUUUCUCCAAAAUCACUCUUUGCUUUUGGAGAAUUUGCAACAAGCCGACAGUGGACAUUACACUGCAGGUGUUUCCGGGGAAAAUGACGAUUAUGUGGGUAAAUACAGCGUCACAGUUCAAGAUCCAGUGUCUCCGGUUAAUGGGAAAGUGGACUUACUCUCCUCGAGCUCCGACUCCUGUAACCUCACAGUGACCUGCAGCACACAGGACUCCCAUCGCAUCAACAGCACUUUUAGAUGUGACAACAACACCUGCAGCCAGGAGGAGGGAGGAGAGAGGUCCAAGGUCACGACCUCAGGCACCUCCUCCGUGUCCACCUGUCCGAAGGCUUCUCAGUUAUAUGUAACCAUAGCAACCAGGUCAGCUCGGACGAGCACAUAACAAUGAUUAGGGACUUUGUUUCUCAAAUCCUGCCCCUGAACCACCGAACUAUAUCACUAUCGCCUUUGUCAUUGUCACAGUCAUUGUGGUUUUGGUGAUAUUUGCCAUAGCAGCUUUGGUUCGAUAUCGAAAAAAAGGAAAACG